AUGAAGAUCGCAAUUUGCGUACUGAUUGCCAUCUGUAGCGCUGUAAGCGCAUUCUCAAAAAGUGGAUACAGAGGUGGUGGAUACGGUAGAGGUAGAUACGGAGGAGGUGGAUAUGGAGGAUAUGGUGGUGGUUUAGGAGGAUACGGUGGUGGUUUAGGAGGAUAUGGUGGUGGUUUAGGAGGAUACGGUGGUGGUUUAGGAGGAUAUGGUGGUGGUUUAGGAGGAUACGGUGGUGGUUAUGGAGGAUACGGUGGUGGUUAUGGAGGAGGAUACGGAGGAAGAUACGUAGGAUACGGACAAGUAUUUGUUGUAAGAGGAGGAGGAUAUGGUGGUGGUUAUGGAGGAUAUGGACAAGGAGGAUACGGUGGUGGUUAUGGAGGAGGACUUGGUGGUUAUGGAGGAGGACUUGGAGGUUAUGGAGGAGGACUUGGAGGUUAUGGAGGAGGACUUGGUGGUUAUGGAGGAGGACUUGGAGGUUAUGGAGGAGGACUUGGUGGUUAUGGCGGUUAUGGUGGUUAUGGCAGGGGUGGUUAUGGUGGUUCCGGUGGUUAUGGAUAUAGAAAAUAUGGAAAGGGCAAAGGAUAUUAA